AUGUCAUUUAAGAUCGUUGCUCCAGAUGACCUCAAAGAUGUCAUCGGUUCCGUUGUAUCUCCGACUAUUAGUGAUGAUAUUCUACCACCUGUUCUUGAUAAUUAUGAUAAUGUGCCAGCGCAUUAUCUUUCAAUUAGAAAACAUAAUUUGAAACCACUUACAGUUGGCAGUAAUGCUUGGCUAUCCCAUAUGAAAGAAAUUUAUGACAUUUAUGUCGAGGAUAUGAAAUAUGAACAAGGCAAGACUGAUGCUGGGCUUCGAUGGGAUACUACUUCUGAAAAAGGUAUCUAUCAAGAGGGUCUUUGUAAUAUGUUGAUGGAAUACACUACCGCUCGUCACGAUUAUGAGUUAAAAUUACUAGAAGUCUCAUCUAAUACACAGACCGUGCCUGUAUCACUCAAGAAAAGCGAACAACGCAAAAGAGAAAAAGAAUUACAAAAGAAAAUUCUAAAAGAUAACGAAAUCUUAGAACGUUUACGUGAUCGAGUAGAUGCUAUAGAUCACGCUAUAUAUACUGAAUAUCAUCAGGAAGAAGUAGGUUUGAAAUUUGAGCCUUGUGCCAUCAUGAACGAUAGACCGCUUGUAUGA